AUGGAUAACGACAUGCGCGUUCGUGGGUAUUCUCAGGGACUCGAAGAUGACGCACUUGGGCCCCCCGGGAGAGCCAGACCUACCAAGAGAGACACCGAGGCGGGGAGGCCAGAGCUGUCACUCGCCUGCACACCCGGCCCCCUGCGCAAGCCAGAGUCCGACCAUGAGGGAUCUCGCGCAGAAAGAGAGCCGGCGUUUCGUGGACACCAGAGCGGCAACGAUGACGGUCAGCCCAGCCGUGGAAAACGCCCCUCACAAGUGCUUCUGGGCCCCUGUUGGACCGAUUUUACUCUGUUCGAACCCGGUUCUUCGCGCUGGAGCCGCGAAGCGGCGUAUGGCUCGUCGAAAGACAGCGCGUUUGCCCCUAAUCGGUCGUUCGACGAGGGGACACAUGUGCCUCAUCCCCCCACUUCAUCCUCCUUGGCCACUUCGCUGGGCGACCACGGUCAAAGCGUCCUCUGUGAGAUCGGAUCCUGGGGAACAGCAGCCUCGAUGCCUGAUGAGAUCUCCCCGAUUGAGAUGUUCAAGGAGAUGGAGCAUCUGCGGAGGGAGGCAUCACCCACAGGGCUGCCGACACCAGAGCUGUCGCCCUUGCCGGGAAGCUUUGAGUUCUGUCUUUGCUGCAACCACUGUGAGGAUGGAAACGGAAAUACAUGGCACAUGAGCACAAAGGCCAAAGGAAGUGCCCGGAUGGCCUGGGCAAAGGCGUACAUUGAACAAAUGAAGUCAGGGGACCUUGAAAAUUCUGGCUAG